AUGUCAAGUACUCAACAUGCUAAAGGCAGUCAAAGUGGUUUACCACCUGAUAUCGAACAAUUGAAUGAACAAGGCCCAACAGCAGCCCAAGUAGACGAAUAUUUAUCGUCUAAAAUCCUUCAUCCAUAUUAUGGAGGAGAUCAGUCUUUGGAAAAGACACAAACAAGAGCAAAUGAUAACGAUAUCCCUCAAAUUCAAGUAUCUCCUUUACAAGGUCAAUUCUUGAGUGUUUUGGUAAAGAGUAUAAAUGCAGAAAGGGUUUUGGAGAUUGGAACUUUAGCUGGUUACUCAACAUCCUUCCUAUCCAAAGCACUUCCGUCCCACGGACGAAUUGAUACUCUUGAGUUAAACCCUCAUCACGCUAGAGUCGCCCAAGAGAAUUUCUUGGAAUCUGAUUUAUUUCCAUUUCCAAAAAUACAUAUUGGUCCUGCACUUGACACACUCAAGAAAUUAAAGAUACCUGAAGAAGGUCCAUACGAUCUUGUUUUUAUAGAUGCUAAUAAAGAUCAGAUACUUGAUUAUUUCCUUGAGAGUCUGGGAUUGGUCAGGAAAGGUGGGGUUAUAGUGGUUGAUAAUGCUGUCAGGAGAGGAAAGAUUAUCCCCUCUGCUCAAAAUGAUCCAGAUACGAACGUGGAAGGUUUGAGGAAAUUGUACGACUGGAUAGAGAAAGAUAAGGGUGAAACAGUCCUUUCAACUGGAAUCCAAACUGUCGGUUCCAAACAAUGGGAUGGGUUCGUCAUCGCCACCAAGCUUGUUUGA